AUGGCCGAAAUCCGUGCGAUGGAACAUCCUACGCUGAAGGUACCAUAUGAAAUUCUGAACAAGCGCUUCCGAAUUGCUCAAAAAACUUUGGACCGCGAACUAAGCCAAAUACAAAAUGUGGCCUCGGAACUGGAGAAAGGUCUGACGGAAGGAUCUGACAGUACGGAGAUAUCGCGUCUAUUGGGAGGAGUGGUCGAGCGACUGCAGGUUCUAAAGCGUAAAGCCGAGGAAAGCAUUUCAGAGGAACUGUCGGCCGGAUAUGUUUGCAAGCGGCGGUUGGAACAUCUGAAGCAAAACGUAAAUCCGCCAGUCGAUGCAACGACGCUAGAACUGCAGGCAGCUGCCACAAAUCAGUGGAAGAAGAUACGGCUCGAUCGGAUGAUCGUGGAGCAUUUUCUGCGUCUCGGAUAUUACGACACCGCAGAACGGUUGGCCGAACGUAGUGGCAUCCGCGACCUGACAAACCUGGACAUCUUCCAGGUGACGCGCGAGGUAGAGCGUGAUCUGGUAAACCGUUGCACGCUGAAAUGCAUUGCCUGGUGCAACGAUAACAAAUCGAAGCUGAAGAAGAUAAACUCCACGAUCGAGUUUCAGCUACGAGUGCAAGAGUUUGUGGAACUGAUCCGCGAAGACAAGCGACUGUUGGCGGUGCGUCACGCACAGAAGUAUUUCCCUGCGUUCGAGCACGAACAGCUAAAGGAGAUCCGCCAGUGUAUGGCACUGCUCGCGUUUCCGGUGAGCACCGAAAUCGAACCGUACAAAACACUUUUCGAUCCACAGCGUUGGCAGGAUCUAGUAUUGCACUUCCGGCUGGAAAACUAUCGGUUAUUCCAGCUGCCAGCCCAAUCGGUGCUGAGCGUUGCCGUACAGGCAGGUAUUUCAGCCCUGAAAACACCGCAGUGCUAUUCGUACACUUCGAAAAACAUGAACUGUCCGGUAUGCCAGGAGAAUGUGAACGAGAUAGCCGAGAAUUUACCGUUCUCGCACUGUGCCCAGAGCCGUCUCAUUUGCAGAAUCACCGGCAAACCGUUGAACGAACACAACCUCCCGAUGAUGCUGCCGAAUGGGCAGAUAUUUGGCCAACAAGCAAUCGAACAGAUGCGUCGCGAGAACGACAUGCUCGUUUGUCCCAAAACAAACGAAACGUUCCGUUCGCCAAAGAUUGAGAAGGUGUUCGUGAUGUAG